AUGCCACCUGUGAAAGGUAGAAACCACAAUCCUAGCGGACUAGGGCGCGCUAUCAUCAACAAGAAGGUCAAGGAUGCACACAGAGCACGGGAGACGGGGGAGCUUUAUACCACCGAUCUCGAACAUACGACCCGUCUCCAAUCGAUCACACAAGAGGGCGACCUCGACGAGUUUCUCAGCACUGCUCAGCUUGCUGGGACACAGUUCACGGCUGAGCGCCGUAACGUCAAAAUUAUUAAUGCCACUGCCGGAUCGCAGCACAAUCCGUACCUCCUGACGGACGAGGAGGAGAAGAGCACACUGCGGAAGCACCAAGAGAACAAGCUGCGGUUAAGAGUGCCGCGGAGGCCGCCAUGGACGAAGAACAUGACCACUGCGCAGCUAGACAGGCAGGAGAAGGAUGCGUUUCUGGAAUGGAGAAGAGGAUUGGCAGAACUUCAGGAGCGAGACAACUUCCUUCUCACACCAUUCGAGCGCAAUCUAGAGGUCUGGAGGCAGCUAUGGCGCGUGCUCGAGCGCUCGCAUUUGAUUGUGCAGAUUGUUGACGCGCGGAAUCCACUCCGGUUUCGAUGUGAAGAUCUCGAGUCCUACGUCGAAGACGUCGAAGGUGCGGAAGGAGAGCAGGGUACUGGUAAGGGGAAGCGGAGGAGCCUUCUGCUCAUCAACAAGGCUGAUUUGUUGACCAGUAACCAGAGGCGGCAAUGGGCGGAUUACUUUGAUCAGCAAGGUGUUCGGCAUGCCUUCUUCUCUGCCGCCAAUGCUACAGCGUUACAGCAAAUGGCAGCGAAGAAAGAAGCGGAGGAAAACUCUCAAUCACUGAACCACGAUGACGAGAGCGAGAGCGAAACCGACGAUUCAGAGUCCAGUGGAGAAGUUGCUGAGCGUUCAGAGGUGUCUGGUGACGACAGCGAAGGUCAAGAUGCGCAGAAGUCGGCGGACAUUUUCCAAGAGGGGUCUGCUGAGGUCCCUGCGGAAGAGUCAGAUGAAGAUGACUUAUACCUACCUUUACAAGAAGAUCCUGCGCAGAAACAGGACCCAAGAGCAAGAAUCCUAACUGUAUUAGAACUUGAGGAUCUGUUUGCUAAGAUGGCGCCUGAUCUCUCAACUUUCAGCGAUUCUUCUGGUAACCAUCCUACGACGCUCGUGGUCGGGCUUGUUGGAUACCCAAAUGUUGGCAAGUCGAGCACUAUCAACUCACUUUUGGGUGAGAAGAAAGUCAGCGUGUCAUCUACGCCUGGAAAAACAAAACACUUCCAGACCAUUAACCUGUCGCCCUCGCUGAUGCUGUGUGACUGCCCUGGUCUUGUCUUUCCUCAGUUCACGACAACGAAAGCCGAUCUGGUUUGUGAUGGCGUUUUGCCGAUUGAUCAGAUGAGAGAGCACACAGGGCCUGCAGCGCUGGUCGUCAUGAGGACCCCUAAGGAAGUACUGGAUGCAACUUACGGAUUAUCUAUCAGGACAGGAAGCGUUGAGGAUGGAGGAGAUGGUACGAUCACACCAUCAGACUUGCUAGUGGCAUAUGCGAUCGCGCGAGGUUUCAUGCGCUCGGGACAGGGCAACCCUGACGAAGCUCUGGCUGCACGACACAUCCUCAAAGAUUACGUUAAUGCCAAGCUGCUCUACUGUCACCCUCCACCAGGUGUUCCUGAGGACGAGUUCAACGAAGAGACGCGACAAUUAGCGCUAUUGCGUGCCCUUGGCAAGAAACGGGCCCCGACCACGCGCGUCGUCAAAGGUGCCGAUACGUUUGUACCGACAGGCGACACUCCACAGUCAGACUCAUCUACGCCUUCAAAUGGUGUUCUUGGCUCAGGCCUGAAGUCUCGCAAUAUUGAUCAAGCAUUUUUUGCGAGUAACGCUCCCAUAUCCCUGCUUCCCCAUGUCCAAGGGUCGGCGCGACAUGGACAGGAUGUGGCGAGGAUGAAGUUGUACCCGCACCAAAAUUCUGUCGCCGAUGACGGGUCUGCAAUAUCUGGAAGGAGAGCGCGAAUCGCCGCUGUGUUGGCGAAUGCUGGGAGUGAGUUGGGAGCAGGGAAGAAGCACCAUAAGAAGAUGAAGAGAGUGAAGCACAGGAGCGGGAAAGGUUACGAUUGA